AUAUAUAUAUAUAUAUAUAUAUAUAUAAAUUAUGAACCUUGGAUGUUGAUUGUCACUGAAAUAUAUAGUCUCAGUCAACUAUACGUCUAUAUAUACAUAAGACAAUCACACUUUCAAAUCCAACAAUUUAAAUCGAUAUAUAUAUAUAUAUAUAUAUAUAUAUAUAUGUCUUGCUAUGUGGGGAACUUUAAUUUGAAGGUGUGGAAAAAUAUGCAAGGAAUUGAUCAAAGAAAGAUGCUUCUCUUGAAGAGAUAUAUAAUCUAUUAACAGUAGCAGGCCAUGGAACAUCAACUUGACACUUUAAAAUAACAAAAAAAUUGUUAGCUUGUCCAACGUCCACCCCCUACCUCUCAUGUAAGCCAGCUCAAUAUGUGUUUACAGAUCUCUCCCUAUAUAAAAGUUCAAGGCAAGGUAACAUACGGAGGCAAAAGAAAAAAAAUGGCAGGAGGCUACAAUGGGAAACAUUUUGUUUUCAUCCACGGUGCAGGAGGAGGGGCUUGGGUUUGGUACAAGGUCAAGCCACGCCUCGAGGCAGUGGGCCACCGCGUCACGGUGCUAGACAUGGCGGCUUCAGGCAUGCACCCUAAGACAUUCAAAGAGGUUCAUACAUUUAAUGAGUAUAAUGAGCCGUUGAUGAAAUUCAUGGCCGUGCUACAAGAAAAUGAAAAGGUUAUACUAGUAGGUCAUAGCUUAGGAGGCAUGAAUCUGGCUCUUGCAAUGGAAAAGUAUCCUGACAAGAUUUCAGUUGCUGUUUUUGCAACGGCAAUUGUGCCUGAUACAUCACACCAGCCGUCGUAUAUUUUCGAGAAGAUGUACGAGACCGCUCCAGAAGGAGCAGAAGUAGAUAACCAAGUUUCAUGGGAAGAAAGCACAGAUGGACCGAUAACGUGGGUACACUUUGGUCCCAAAUUCUUGGCUUCUAUGAUCUAUGAUCUAAGCCCCAUUGAGGAUCUUGAGCUGGGAAAGAUUCUGUACAGACCAGGAUCAUUUUUCCUACCAGAUUUGUCUAAAGCUAAGAAGUUGUCCAAUGAAAGUUAUGGAUCAGUUAAGAAAGUCUAUAUCCUGUGCAAGAAUGACAAAAUAAUAAGAGAGGAAUUUCAACGAUGGAUCAUCCAAUACAGUAGGGUUCAAGAUGUGGUUGAGAUUAAAGAUUCUGAUCAUAUGCCAAUGGCUUCCCAGCCACAAGAAUUCUGUAAGCAUCUAAUAGCGAUAGGACUCAAAUAUGUUUAGAUUUAUCGUUUCCUAUUAAUUCUUAAUGUAAAUCUUUAACCAGAAUAUGGGAAAUUUCUUUUAAAAAAGUUAAGAUA